GGGAGAGAGAUGGAGAGGCGGGGGAAACCACGCUUUUAAGAGAUUUGAUAGUAAUUUGAAGCGUCAUAAUUAUGAGGAAAUGUGCAAGCCUCGAAAGGAAGAAUUUCUAGAAAUGUUGCGUUUCUAAAUUGAAUUCAGAAUUCUGAAAAGUGUCCAUGAGAAGAAAUAAUGCCGGACGUGUUUCAUUCCGGAGAGGAACCAUAGAAAUGGAAUUUGACGUAGCUGGCAUUGGACAAUGUUUCACAUGUUAGAGACGGGCAGAAAGUUCUAUAUGGAGUAUUUACAUAUGUACGAAGUGAGUCUCUGAAGUUCUGAUUGGCACUUCUGAACACCUCGGUCUACGCGCGUUUCACGUCAGGAUGGAAAUGUCAGGUGCUUCAGGCAGAGGGUGAGCAAUUUGGGUCCCUUCAGUCGUAGUAGCAGUAUGACACCGAGUCCACCUACGUCCCCACUCCUCCGCUAUGGCACGGUCUGGGCAUCUGGGUUCAGGUUGAGAGGCUCCGGCCUGAUGCCAUGGUGGUGGCAGCCCGUCCUGUGGCUUCUCUGGGUAGCUCUGGCGGGCCCCAGGGACAUGGUGCGGGCGCACCAGCCCACGCACCCGCGCUCCAUCAAGAUCGAGGGCGACAUCACGCUGGGCGGCCUCUUCCCGGUGCAUUCCAAGGGGCCUGCGGGCGCGUCGUGCGGCGAGAUCAAGAAGGAGAAGGGCAUCCACCGCAUGGAGGCCAUGCUCUACGCCUUGGACCAGAUCAACAGCGACCCGGAGCUGCUGCCCAACAUCACACUGGGCGCGCGCAUCCUGGACACGUGCUCACGCGACACCUACGCACUCGAGCAGUCGCUCACCUUCGUUCAGGCGCUCAUCCAGAAGGACACGUCGGACAUACGCUGCUCCAACGGUGAGCCGCCAAUCAUACGCAAACCGGAGCGCGUGGUGGGCGUGAUCGGGGCCUCGGCCAGCUCCGUCUCCAUCAUGGUGGCCAACGUGCUACGCCUCUUUGAGAUUCCUCAGAUUAGCUAUGCAUCCACCUCCCCGGAGCUGAGUGACCACAACCGUUAUGACUUCUUCUCCCGCGUGGUGCCACCGGACUCUUACCAAGCCCAGGCCAUGGUUGAUAUCGUCAAGGCCAUGGGGUGGAAUUAUGUGUCAACAGUGGCGUCGGAGGGCAACUACGGAGAGAGCGGAGUUGAUGCAUUCAUCCAGAUCUCGCGUGAGGCAGGGGGUCUGUGCAUCGCCCAGUCGAUAAAGAUCCCGAGAGAUCCGAAACCAGGAGAAUAUGACAAGGCCAUAAAGAGGCUAAUGGAGACCUCCAAUGCACGUGGAGUCAUUAUAUUCGCCAGCGAGGACGACAUCAAACGGGUCCUGGAUGCAGCAAAGAAGGCAAACCUCACGGGUCACUUCCUGUUUGUGGGCUCUGACAGCUGGGGAGCAAAAAUCUCACCAAUCCUGGACCAGGAGGACAUGGCAGAAGGAGCUGUCACCAUCCUCCCCAAAAGAGCCUCCAUUGAUGGUUUUGACCAGUACUUUACCACCAGAUCUCUGGAGAACAACCGCAGGAACAUCUGGUUUGCAGAGUUCUGGGAAGAUGAUUUCAGAUGUAAACUGACACGGCCAGGCAUAAAGAUCGAUAGUGAAAAGAAAAAAUGUACAGGUAAUGAGAGGAUAGGCCGUGACUCCCCUUACGAGCAGGAAGGGAAAGUGCAGUUUGUGAUUGACGCGGUCUACGCCAUGGCCCACGCUCUGCACAACAUGCACCUGGACCUCUGCCCAGGCUCCACGGGGGUCUGUGACAAGAUGGACCCAGUGGAGGGACGCUUGUUGCUUAAAUACAUACGCUCGGUGAACUUCAAUGGUAGUGCAGGCACUGGGGUCUUGUUUAAUGAAAAUGGAGAUGCACCAGGACGUUAUGACAUCUUUCAGUACCAGAUGACCAAUAUCACCAGCCCUGGGUAUAAAGCCAUCGGCCAGUGGACCAAUCACCUGCGACUCAAUCUGGAGGAGAUGCAGUGGUCAGGGGGCAUCCGUACGGUGCCCGACUCCGUCUGCAGCUUCCCCUGCAACCCGGGCGAGCGCAAGAAGAUGGUGAAAGGCGUCCCGUGCUGCUGGCACUGUGAGCUGUGCGACGGCUACCUCUACCAGUUGGACGAGUUCAACUGCGAGGCGUGCCCAUUCAACAUGCGCCCCACGACCAACCGCACCGGGUGCCGGCCCACGCCGAUUAUUAAGCUGGAGUGGCACUCGCCGUGGGCCAUCAUCCCCGUCUUUAUCGCCAUCCUGGGCAUCAUCGCCACCUCCUUUGUGGUGGUCACCUUUGUGCGCUUCAACGACACGCCCAUUGUGCGGGCGGCGGGCCGCGAGCUCAGCUACGUGCUGCUGACGGGCAUCUUCCUCAUCUACCUCAUCACCUUCCUGAUGAUUGCCGAGCCGGACGUGGGGGUGUGUGCUUUUCGGCGCCUCCUGCUGGGCCUGGGCAUGUGCAUCACCUACUCGGCCAUGCUCACCAAGACCAACCGCAUCUACCGCAUCUUCGAGCAGGGCAAGAAGUCCGUCACACCGCCCAAGUUCAUCAGCCCCACCUCACAGCUGGUCAUCACCUUCAUCCUCAUCUCCGUGCAGGUGAUAGGUGUGUUUGUGUGGUUCGGCGUGGUGCCGCCGCACACCAUUGUGGACUACGAGGAGCAGCGGCCACCCAAUCCCGAGCUGGCUCGUGGCAUCCUCAAGUGCGACAUGUCCGACCUGUCGCUCAUCUGCUGCCUGAGCUACAGUAUCAUCCUGAUGGUGACCUGCACUGUCUAUGCCGUCAAGAGCCGCGGCGUGCCCGAGACCUUCAACGAGGCCAAGCCCAUCGGUUUCACCAUGUACACCACCUGCAUAGUCUGGCUGGCGUUCGUCCCCAUCUUCUUUGGCACAGCACAAUCCACUGAGAAGAUGUACAUCCAGACGACCACUCUGACUGUGUCCAUGAGCCUGAGUGCCUCGGUGUCGCUGGGGAUGCUCUACGUGCCCAAGGUGUACGUCAUCAUCUUCCACCCGGAGCAGAACGUCCAGAAGCGUAAGCGCAGCUUCAAGUCGGUGGUGCAGGCGGCCACCAUGUCCACACGCCUUUCCCAGAAGUCCAUCAACGAGAAGCAAAACGGGGAGACCAAAAUUGAGCCCGACAGGACACAGUAACCCAAGACGGAUUAUGUACUAUCAUAGGCUUGACGACAAAUGGACUUUGAGGAGGAGAAGAUUGCUGCUGUAUACAGUAU